AUUCUUAGCCCUCCCUCAGGGCUGGAGUUUAUGGUUUAGUUCCAGUGCAAUCCUUCUGGCCAGCAUGCUAAAUCAGAGUCAGAUGAGGAGAUCAGCCUCUUUCUUAUUGGUGGUGAAACAGCUUAGAUCAGAAGGUGGGUCUGUCUGCGGCUUUCACACUUGCAGAUUCUAUUAGCUACGCUCCUAACUUCACCACCCAUGGAAUGCUGUAAGCACCCUGCUGCCGCUGGCUCCAGGGCCAAGGGAAGGAAGAGGGCAAAUCACAAGCUCCCUACUUGGAUGCUCUUUCUAGCCACGUGUGCUGCUGGGAUUGGGGGGACCUUCCAGUACGGGUACAAUGUGUCUGUGAUCAACGCUCCCACUGAGCACAUCCACAAGUUCCUGAAUGACACCUGGUGGGAGCGCUACCAGGCAGCCCUCAGCCCCGGCAUGCUGACCCUGCUCUGGUCCACCGUAGCAUCCAUCUUUUCGCUCGGAGGCCUGUUUGGAGCACACUUGGGAGGCAGGUUGGCCAUUUGGCUGGGGAGGAAAGGAGGGCUUUUGAUGAACAACUUCAUAGCUGUCCUUGCUGCUCUUCUGAUGGGCAUCAGUUCACCCACGGGGCUGUACGAACUACUCAUCGCUGGGAGGUUCUUGAUUGGCGUGAACACAGGGAUUGGGCUGUGCCUGCAGCCUCUCUACAUUGGAGAAGCUGCCCCCAAACACCUGCGAGGGGCGAUGACCAUGGGCAGCUCCAUAUUUUUGACCGGGGGGAUUCUGACAGGACAAAUCAUUGGCUUAAGGGAGUUACUUGGUGAAGACAAGUACUGGCCUUUUCUGCUUUCAAGCUGCUGCUUCCCGGCCUUUUUCCAACUCCUGACUCUUCCCUGGUUUCCAGAAAGUCCCCGGUAUCUAUUCAUUGACAGAGGGGAUGAGAUGAAAUGUCUCCAAGCUCUGAAGUGCUUUCAUGGCCCUCACCAAUACCAGAUGGAAAUGGAGGAUAUUCAGCAAGAGCGCGCUGCCCUGGGGGGUGAGAAGCCCAAGAAGCCCUGGGAACUUUUCACCGACCGCAGCGUCAGGUGGCAGCUCAUCACCGUCAUCCUCAUGCCAAUGGGCCAGCAGCUGAGUGGCAUCAAUGCGAUUUAUUUUUAUGCAAGCUACAUUUUCACAGAAGCUGGAAUCCCCGCAGCCAAGAUCCCCUACGUGACGCUGGGGACAGGGGUGUGUGAGUGCCUCACCGCCCUCACCUGCGGUCUGCUGAUCGAGUCUGUGGGGAGGAGGCGCCUCAUCCUGGGUGGCUACUCCCUGAUGACUGUUUGGUGUGUAGUCUUGACCUGCUCCCUGACGUACCAGGCGAACACCUGGGCACCAUAUCUGAGCAUGGCUUCGAUCUUCGCUUUCAUCCUGAGCUUUGGCCUUGGACCAGGUGGGGUGACAAAUAUCCUGACGGCCGAGCUGUUCACUCAGUCUUCACGCCCUGCGGCUUACAUGAUAGCAGGAUCCAUGAGCUGGCUCAGCUUCUUCACCAUUGGGAUGCUCUUCCCUUUCAUAGUGAAAGGUCUCAAACAGUACUGCUUUGUCGUGUUUUUGGUGGAAUGCUGCCUGGUUGCCAUUUUCAUCUACUUUGUUAUUCCUGAGACAAAGAAUAAAACCUUUCUGGAAAUUAAGAGAGAAUUUCACAAGCACAACUUUGGCAGAAGACACCCAGAGCACAAUGGAGCACAGCAGCUUCUGCCAUGAGCUCUACGGGCGAGGCCGGCCAGCCAGCGGAGCCCUCCGAGUCGAGUCUGCUGGCAUCGUGAUGACCUGCGUGGAACUCUGCUGCCAGCGUUUGUAUGCUUGGAUUUCCUCAGUACUCAGUUGUAGUCUACACUAGGUCUCAGUUAAAUAAAAACCCACUCUUCCUAAA